CGUUUUCAAUCACACGUGCGAGGUUUGUAAGAACCAAUAGAGUUUUUUGGCUUUUUUUUACAGAAUUGUCCGUCUUAAUCGAAAAUGGGAAGAAACAGAUCUUCAAAUGAGGCCGCACCAAAAGGUCCUGGAAGGAAAGCAAGGAAACAGCCUGCUCCAGAAUUACCAGUAGCCCUUGGUAAGCUGAUGUUUCUAAUGUAAACAUUUCUGCUAUCUUUAGCAUGGUCAGUAAUGCCCAGCUGAAAUUAUACUCGAUAAGCUGAAUUAUACGUUCUGAGUUCUUUUUCUACUCAAUAAGGUUGUGGAGAAGCCAUUUAUGCAACAUUUAGCAACAGUAAGCUAGCAUGACUUGAGCAACAAGUUAGGUUAAUUAGCCCAUUUCUUAAAAUUAUGGUACAUUAACAUAAUAUUAUACACAUCCAAUGAACUGCAUUGGAUGCGUUGUUUAGCGUCAAGCUUAUGUUUUUUAGCGUAAAAAUGUUUAAAAAAUAUUGGUGUAUAAGAUUGGCCAGAAGGAGUCCAUUAUAAAGGAGUAUUCAUUCUUCAGAAUCCAACCCAUUUUUCCUUUCUUUUUUGCAUCUUUAAGAAAACAUCCUAACUGGUGAGAUAACAAAAUAGAGCCCUAUUGUAUUGUUUGUUGUUGUAAAAUGAUACCAUCUUGUAGCAGACGUGAAGUAAAAAGCAUGCAGCCUUUGCCACAUCUAUGUGCAUCAUCACCAAAACCUUAUGCACUUCAUGGGAAAAUAACUGUGCUUUGUUCAUUGUUGACUUUGGAAUUUAAUAAUAAUAAUAGUAAUAGUAAUAAUAAAAAUAAUAAUAAUAAUAAUAAUAAUAAUAAUAAUAUAAUGUGCAUGUAUAUACAGCGGGCAAAGAAAGUAAUGUCCGAUAUCCUGGGGCUAGUGGAUUUUGCUAUCGGGCUUGUGAAUUCUGUUUUUAACUUGCCCGGCAGGCAAGUGAUAUUUUUUGGGCAAUUAGAAUAACAGAAGAACUGUGACAUCAAUUCUGCUUGUCAAAAAGAAUUUGGGGCUAGAUGAAAUGAUGUCUGGGCUAGUAAAUGCUAGCUUCAGCUUGCCCGAAUGGCAAGGUGUAAAAAUGAAUUUCUUUGCACCCUGAUAUAGCAUGAACUAAUUUUGAAUACUGGUAUUUGGUGGGAUGUUAGAACUUCUCCUAUGUCUGAGAAACCUCAACAGAGUACUCAGCAAACUUUUUAAUCUAUUUUUAAUUAUUUGAUAAAGAUAAUACACUGUGAAUCACUUGAACGUACUUUCAGCUGGUAGAGCCUUAGACCUCAAACAAGCUGACAUGGGUGACCAUGCACUGAUGGUUGAGUUUAACCUUGCCUACAUAUAACUAUAUAUACACCCAGUGAAAUGGGAUCCUCUUGUCCUCAUAUUCUCUGACAUUCUAAAAACAUUAAGGGUGGCCAGUAAUCCUAAUUACAUUGUACCUGGAUUUUAUGUAGGUAGUUUGUAAGAUAUUUCUAUCCAGUACUACCACAGUGAAGUUCAUUACAUGUUUGUUUCCUUUCACAGUUAAAAGUGGUGGAGAGAAAAAUCAUAUACGAAAGGCUAAGAAGAGGUAAUUAAUCCUUUGUACCUAGGAGUACUAGCUGCACUGGUAACUCUUUGAACUAGUGUAUAAAAUUAAUGUGUCUACAACUUUUUUUUCAGAAAAUUAAAGGAAUCAGUGGAUUCAAAUGAAGUUGUUUCAUUCAGUGAUAAGGUAAUUUGUGGUUAAUCAGACAGAAAUUUGUUUGGUGGACUUCAGUUCUUUAGCUUGUUUCUAAUUCUUUUGAUUUCAGCCUGAGAACAAAAAGAUGAAAAAGACAAAGAAAUCACAAGAGUAAGUUUGCUUCUGAUGAUACAUCUGUUUCAAGUAUUUGAUUCUUACAUGUAAUAAGCAGAAGUGGGUCAGUGGCAUUAUCAAUUGCUAGGCCAAAUAAAUAUCCAGGGUGUGAUAUGUUUAUAUAUUUGCAUAUUUUUUACCCUUAAAGGCAUCUUGAGCAGUGUAGUGAUGAUGAGGACAGAAAUCAGUCUGAGGACAUUUUUGGUGAAGAUUCAAGUGGUAUGAUUGUUCUGUUUGAGUAUUGAUGUACAUGUAGCAGUGCAACAUUAUAAUAUAUACCACAAAUAUAGAUAUUUGAAAAGAUUCAUUUUUGUCCAUGUUAACGUACAAAUCCAGACUUUGAGAUGGCGUAGGCCAACUCAGGAAGAAAAUUUUCUGGACCAAGCUGUCAGCCUUAGGGGCAGGCCUCUUCCCCAGAUCGUCCACUGACAAAAGUUUUAACAAAUAAAUUGAAAUAAAUGUUUUUCAAGUGCAUCCCCUCUGAAGACUAAAAUUUACCUCAGCUUUUUUUGUUAAUUUCCUAGAUGAAGAGGUGAAAGUGAAUUUCAAGUCAAUGUAAGGAUUGCUUUAUUAAAUACUGUUUAAUUCUGUUUAAAUUAAAUUCUGUUUAAAUUCUGUUUUUUAAAGUAUAAGUUCCUUUAAUCUAAAAUAAAUGUGAAUCAAAUUUUGAUAAAACCCAAAAUCUAUACUCAGACCUUUCAGUGAUGAGAACAAAAGUUGGUUAAAGCUUGCACAGGAGAAAAGUACUGAUGAUGAGGAUGGUGAUGAUGAUGACAUGGUAAAGUUGUGGUCAAUUUUCUAACUGAAUAUGAAACUAUCUAUAGGUUGGUGAACACUUAUGUUUCAAUUUAUUUUUUCUCUGUCUCAUAUUUUCUACAGCCAGCUGAUGAAUUUAGUGGUGAAAGUGACGGCAAUGAAGAUGAUGACAGUGAUGAUGACAGUGAUGAUGAUGAGGAGGUAUUAUCCUUGUAUGGUGCACUCAUGUCUGACUCUGAUCAAAAUGAAAAUAUUACAUUAAAUUUAUAUUGAAAUCUUUGUUUCAGAUGCUUCCCAUUGAGAAGAAAUCCAAAAAGUUGGACAAAAAGAAGGCCAGAGACAAGUUAGUUUUGUUCAGAUAGUGGAUAAAAUGCAAUUUAGUAAUAUUAAAAUAUUUAAUGCACACUUAAAAUUUUUAACACAUGUACUAUUAAUAUAAUUAUAUAUUAUUGGUGUUUCUAAAGGCAGAGUUUUUUUUUCAUUCCUGUUAAUAUUACAUUAUUGGUCCAUAAGUUUUCCAAUUGUAAUGGUUGUGGACUUGUUUUUCCUUUGCAAGGACUCUAGCAGAAGAAGAGUUAAAAACUAACAUUUCUGAAACAGAAGUGUUUGUGCUUCCAAGUGGUCAAGAAAUUGAGAAAGAAGGUACAUUGAGAGUAUACUCUUGUUGAAUAUUACUGCAAUAUUAUGUGCAACAUUUAAUUAGGAAAGUUUGAAAAGAGCAACAAGCACAAAGCCCCAGCUGUAGGAUACAUGUGUUUGUACAGACCACAAUGUGAAAGUAUGAACAAUAAAGGGAAAGAGCCUUGUCCACUUAACAGAGGUUACUAAUUAUGUGUGUUUAUUCAUUUUUUUUAUUACUUGUACUGUUUAUAAUUUGUGAUGCAGGGGUGUCUGGUCCAUAUCAUAGAGGUUUCCUUACCAAUAACUGCUUGGGUAGAGGUUCAACUUUGUUAUGUAACCUUUAUAAAUAAUAUAACAAAUAUAGCUAAAAGAAAGGGACUCAUCACUCUCAUUUGCAAACAAUUUGUGGUCUUCAUGGACCCAGGCAAAUAUUGAGUCUUUGGUCACAGGUGUAACCCACUACCUGUACACAGCAGUAACUUUUUCAAGCUUCCUUGAAACAACUAUAGCCUGAGUUGUCAUGAUUCCUCCACAGUAAAUGAGCAUGCUGAUUUAGCACUGAUCAAUCAGAGAAUCAGAGACAACCUACAGGCCCUCAGUAACUUCAACAGUGCUCGUGAGGAGGGAAGGUAAUAUAAACGAAUCAUGAGGCAUCUUUUUUAGGUAGUGUCAUUGAUCUCAAAUCAAUGCAGUCAUAAUACUCACUUUGACAAGUGGGAAAUUGUCAUAUUUGAUGAUGAUACAUUAUUGGUGACUUAAGAUAACUAGAAGUUGUUUCUUCAGAAGUUUGACUAGUCAUUGUUCUUACAUGUAUUUACUGUGGUCAGGGACACCAUCUGUCAGCAAUUUUGAUUCAAGAAUGAAAUAUCAUUAACCUUUUAAGCCCUGAUCAGUGUCAAAUUUCUCCUUGUAAUAUCACUGCUUUCUAAAACACAGUGGUCAUGAGAAUUGAGGACAUGAUCACACAAGCUAAUUGAUACUUUGACAAAUUCUCCCACUACGUCUAUUGAGAAUGACUGGGAUAACAACUGACAGUUUGAAUUUUGAUAUUAGGGUUUAAAGGGUUAGUACACAUGUACUCUUUGUUUAAUUGCAGGUCCAGACAGGAAUACAUUGAACUGCUUCUCAAUGACCUUUGUACAUAUUAUAGUUAUGGAAAAUUUCUUAUGGAAAAAUUUGUGGAGCUAUUUCCCUUGAAUGAGGUAAAACAGCAAGAGAGACUGAGCAAAAAUGAAAUUAAAAUUAUUUACAAAGACAAAUUAAUUUAUAGGAAUUUUUUUAGUUUUAAUAUUCAUAAUUCAAAUAAUUAAGUAAAAUCUGUUUUUUCAACAUUUGUUAUUGUGUAUCUUUCUAUAUAAAUGUAAUUACAUCUUUUGAUUUCUUAUAGCUUCUAGAAUUUCUUGAGGCAAAUGAAGUGCAAAGACCAGUAACAAUAAGAACAAACACUUUAAAGACAAGGAGAAGAGAUCUUGCCCAGGUACACCAUCAAUGUUUAUUUUUGACUUUUUAAUUUUUUUAAAAAGGGGGAGGGUGUAAUAAUAGUAAUGCAGUGCUUCUCUCAUUUAACAAUGGCUUAAACCUAUGAAUUCACUGAUUCAUUGUUACCCCCUUUCUACAGGCUCUCAUCAACCGUGGAGUCAAUUUAGAUCCAAUUGGCAAAUGGUCCAAAGUCGGACUGGUUGUGUAUGACUCUUCAGUGCCUAUUGGUAAGCUUUGUACACUGUCUGUGAUGUGUUAAAAUGUGUUCAGGUUAUAUGUCCAAUGACUGAUAAAUUACAAAUUAAUCUGAUGUACCGGUACAUCUAGUGACAUUUUCAUUAGACCAUCAUGAUCAGGGUCUGAGUGUUCAUCACCCUAAUUCAAACAAAGUGAUCUCCUCUGAAACUAAUGGAUGUCAUGUAUUAAAUUUUAAUGACAGCAUUUUCAUUUAAUUUUCUAAAUUUGCUAAUAGAUAAUUAUAAUGCUGUCAAAUUAUUGUUGGUAGUUAUUUCAACGUAUUUUCACAAACCAAUUUUAUAGUUAAUGUCUGAAAUGCCCAAAAACUGCCUGCAGUUUUUAUUAUUUAUGUACGUGACAACUUCAAAUUACCAUAUUUAUUCAAAACAGAACAUUUUUAAAAUCAUUUUGGUAAAGAAAAUAGGUUCAAAUGGUUUUCAGAGGCAUAUAAUUAAUAAUGUAAUUAACCUUUUUUCCUGAUUUUAGGAGCAACCCCAGAAUACUUAGCUGGACAGUACAUGUUACAGGGAGCUUCCUCCAUGCUCCCUGUGAUGGCCUUAGCACCUCAGGAGAAAGAACGCAUUCUGGACAUGUGUGCAGCUCCUGGAGGAAAAACAACCUACAUUGGUAAGUAUAUAAUCAGAUCUGUUGAUUGGAACUUACUCUUGGUUUGUAGUUAAGUUGUUAGUAUUAAUAGUGGAUAGAGGAUUAUGAAAUUUUCACCCCUUUCAUCAUUAAAUUUCAGAUCACUAGAGUGCCUACACCUGUACUAUUGACAUGUACACCUGAGACAUGCUUUCUGUUUUUGUUACAUGACUCACAAUCUUUCUAUUGUCUUUUACCACCAUAUGACUGCAAAAUUUGUUUACUGUGCUGUUUUCAAUUCCGAAACAUGUUAAGUUACAGUUGUUUUAACAUUGCCCUUCUGUAGCUUCACUCCUGAAGAACACCGGUUUGGUGGUAGCUAAUGAUGCCAAAAGGGAGAGAACAAAAGCUUUGGUGGCCAAUAUCCACAGAUUAGGUGAGUUGAUGAGAAUUGAAAACUCUCUUUUCUCCCCAGUGAUAGAACAGACCCAUUAAGUACAGUGAAACCUGAUUACUGGGCCCAUUGACCCAUUCUGGUGACAUUCGGGAGCUUAAGCAAUGACAACAGGGAUAGCAACAAGAAAAGCAAUAGGUUUAGAUUAGCAAAACAACAGAGCUCUCUGCACGUACAUCAUGCUUUUUUGUACAUUUCUUUGACCUUGUUGCAGGAUUAUGCUGUAAAAGUGCCUAAUUUCUUGUUUUGUUGAGUAUGGUAACAGUAGAAAACAACUUCCUAUUAUUUUCCUGAACUUUGAUACAGUCCUGUAGAAUUCAACUCCAAAAAAGUUUUCCAAAAUUUGAGAAAUUAAACAAGAUGGAAUAAAAGUAAAUAAUGUCAUAAAGUUUAAAGUAGGGAGCAUUCAUUUUUUUGUGACAUUUUUGUAGCCGUUGCCAUCCGUUGUUGCUUAAGCUCCCUAUUAUCAGUACCUUUCUCACUUCAUAACUUAUUAAACUUGAUAUGAUAUACUUAAACUAUGGUGUUCUAUUUUCUCUCAUUUUUAAAGGAAUAAGCAACACUUUGGUCUGCAAUUAUGAUGGUAGAGCAUUCCCCAAGGUAUUUGCUUAAUAUGUCUACCAGCAUUCCAUUGUUGUUCUUACAUUAUGUACUUUCAAAGUUCUAUCAUCUUCCAGUCAGGUUCUCAGAGACAUCUGUUGUAUAGGUUACACUGGUAGUCAGUGCCUUAAUGACUCAUAGUUUAUAUAACUUUUUCGGUGAUCUUUAUGUUAAAGGUGAUGGCAGGUUUUGAUCGUGUUCUGCUGGAUGCUCCAUGUAGUGGCACAGGAGUCAUAUCAAAAGAUCAGUCUGUCAAAAUCAACAAGGUAUUAUUAUAACAAUAUCUCACCCUUCUCUUUAUGACAGUUUUAGAUAAUUAUUAAUAUUGUACUGAUUUACAUUCAAUUGCAUACAUGGAACAGAUUUUUCUUUCCUAUUUUUAUAUAGUCUUAAUAACAGCUGCCUAGCUAACAUGAGUCAGAUGUUGGCUAAUGCAUUGAGGCAAAACCCACCAACCGUUAGUGAGAUUCAUGAUGCACCAUUCACUGUCAACCAUAGUGCUACCCAUACUAAGUCCCAUUUAAUAAAUCAAUAUCAUCACCUGAUGAAGACGACCAGCAGUAGGUGGUUGAAAUGUCACGAUCAAUAGCAAAGUGAACACUACUAUCAGGAGACAUAUUGUUAAAAAAUUAUUUGCUGUUUAAUUUUAAUGUCACUUCAGUUCCCAAGUAAUGUGUGUUUUUUUUACCACCUUUCCCCUCUUUAAUUUGCUUGCUUAAUUGUUUUGCUUACGUAUUGCAGACAGAAAAAGAUAUCCAGCGAUGUUCUCAUAUCCAAAAAGAACUUUUAUUAGCAGCAAUUGAUGCUACAGAUGCUAAGUCAUCCACUGGUGGUUAUAUUGUAUAUUCUACCUGCUCAGUUCUUGUAAGCCAUUUAUCUUUUGUUUUGUUUUAUACUGUGUAGAAUAUGAUGCAAGUCAUUAGCAAUAGUUGUAGUGUAGUUGUUAUAUUAAUUUUAAGUGAAAGACUAAAAAUUGCAAUAACAUUAUUAAAGGCUUAUUAAUUGGAUGGCACCUUGAGGCUCUUGCACUUUUUGCAGGAGCCUCAUCAACAGGAAUUGUACAGUAAUAUAUAUACACACUGUACACAAGAGGUUCAUAAUCCACACACUGGUGAACAGAACCAAGCUACUGGUCCUUCCUGGUAAAAGAGCUGUAGCAUCAACAAACACUCACAGCCAAUGGGCACUUUAAUUACAUUAAUGUUACUCUGUUUGUUGAUAUUCAACAGGUAGAAGAAAAUGAAUGGGUAAUCGAUUAUGCCCUCAGUAAAAGACAUGUCAAGCUGGUAUCAACUGGGCUCGACUUUGGUAAAGAAGGAUUCACCAAGUAAGAAAAAAUAAUAAAAUAUGCAACAUUCUGGCACUAGUAAAGCUAAUUAUUAUUAUAUAAUAUUAUUGGAAAAUAGGUUAGUCUUUCAACAAAAAUAUUAAAUUAUCUUGUUAGUCUCAUUAUACUCAUUACAACAACGAUUAUUCAAUUAAUUGAAAGGAAAGGAUCUUUCAGUGAUACUGCUGAGCCCUAUGUGGCCAUUCUUUUCCUCAUUUCUAUAAACUUAACAGCAACUUAAAACAAAUUAAUUCUUGGUUAUUUCCUGAGAAAUAAAAAGGAACUAACAAAGGGAUAAUUUAUACAGGUCAGGUAUUUCUCUGCUCUGUCAUCUUUUCAUCUACUUACUAACAAUGGGAUAAUUUUUUCAGUUGUUUUUCUGCUCAAUCAUCCUAUCAUUUGUUUAUUAUUCUUAUGAUAAAAUUACUUUUUUCAGGUUUAGAGGGAGACAUUUUCAUCCUUCUCUUAAACUGACAAGGAGAUUUUUUGCUCACACUCACAAUAUGGAUGGCUUCUUUGUUGCCAAGUUGAAAAAAUACUCCAACAAAAUUGCAACUGAAGGUAGGAAUCUGGACGUACUUCCUGGUUAUCAAAACAACAGGGCACAAAAUAUAGCAGUCUUCUACAAAUGCCAUAACAUUUACAUAUGUACUUUAUGGGUUUUUUAAAAAAGUGACUUAACUCUUGCUAGAAUAACAGUAGGUUAUCAGUUGCACACUGCUGCCAACUUCACCUUCAUUUUCUCAUGGAUGGUCUCUUUUAUUGUCUCCCUACAUCAAUUAACCUGCUUUGACACCAGUGUUUCAAAAGUUCCAUCCCUUAUAAUGUAUCAAUAUAUGAAAGUAAAAUUAAUGUAUUAAAGAGCUGAGAUAUUAAAUAAAACAUGUUAACAAUUUUUUAUUCAUAUUAAAUAUUGCCCUGUCUCAUGAUAUUUUCUCUGUUUACUUUUGCAGAGACCACUGGUCAAAAAGAAAAUGUGAAUGAAACUUCUGAACCAAAACAAGACACAGAAAAUAGCAACAGCAAACAAACUACCAAAGAAAAGAAAAAGAAAAAGAAAUUCAGGGUUCCUAAAACAAAGAAAGGAUUUAGAAAAAAUGCUGAUAAAAGAAAACCAAAGACAAGCUGA